GGGGGUCACAGCCAGGACAACAGUAUAAAGCUGAGCCAGUGUCAGAGAAACAGUAGAGACAGAGCUACAGCCAUGGACACCAUCACACAUCAACAGAGCAAUAUCCCAGCGCUAACAAAUUCCAAGUCUAGGCAGAACAUCGACCACUUCACAGAUGUGCAUGGUCUGCCUUGCAUUGAGAAGAUUGUGCGCUCAGUGGAGGAUAACCCUAAUCCCAUUAGCACCGUUAUCACUGGAAAAAUCCCAGAAUGGAUCAACGGACGCUUCUUGAGAAAUGGGCCUGGGAAGUUCGAGAUCGGAAACCAUAAGUUCAACCACUGGUUUGAUGGUAUGGCUCUCCUGCACCAGUUCAAAAUAUCCAACGGACAGGUGACUUACAAAAGCCGCUUCCUGUCCAGUGACAGUUACAAAGCCAACAAGGAGCACAACCGCAUCACAGUGUCAGAGUUUGGCACUGUCAAGAUACCAGACCCCUGUAAAAACUUAUUCCAGCGCUUCCUGUCAAGAUUUGAAUUACCAAAGACCACAGAUAAUGCCAAUGUGAGCUUUGUGACCUACAAAGGUGAUUAUUAUGUCAGCACUGAAACCAAUGUGAUGCACAAGGUGGACCCUGAGACACUAGAGACAACUAAAAAGGUGGACUGGAGCAAAUUCAUUGCUGUGAACGGAGCGACUGCACACCCUCACACGGAGCCUGAUGGAACAACUUACAACAUGGGGAAUUCAUACAGCGCUAAAGGAGCGACCUAUAACAUCAUCCGAGUGCCGCCGACCAAGAAAACAGCUGAGGAAACCCUGGAGGGAGCCACAGUGCUGUGCUCUAUUCCCUCAGUGGACAAGAGCAAACCAUCCUACUACCACAGCUUUGCAAUGUCAGAGAACUAUGUGGUGUUUAUUGAGCAGCCUAUCAAGAUGGACCUGUUAAAGAUUGUGACAGGCAAGCUGAGAGGGAAAAGCAUCAGUGAUGGAAUUUUCUGGGACCCGAAACGCGACACCAUCUUCCACCUGAUUCACAAGCAUACAGGAAAGUUAAGUUCCAUCAAGUACCUUGCCAAGCCGCUGUUAACUCUGCACCAGAUUAACGCAUACGAGGAGGAUGGCUUCUUGAUCCUAGAUAUGUGUGCUUCAGAUGAUGGCAAGGCAAUUAAUAACUACAACAUUCAAAACCUGCGCAAGUCUGGAGAAGAUCUUGAUGAGGUAAGCAGGUUAAAAAAAAACCGCGCAGCCACUUCGAUAAGAACUGCCAAGAAGACGGUCUUCUGUACCCAUGAGGACCUCCACGGAGAGGAUCUUCAUCAAUAUGGAGGUCUGGAGUUCCCCCAGAUCCACUACGACAAGUACAACACCCACCCCUACCGCUACUUCUAUGGCUGCGGCUUCAGACAUCUUGUAGGAGACACGCUGAUUAAGAUGGACCUCCACGGGAAACACAUGAAGGUGUGGGAACAACCUGGUCUUUAUCCCUCCGAACCAGUCUUUGUACCCUCCCCUAAUGCCACGGAGGAGGACGAUGGUGUCGUCAUGUCUGUGGUCAUCACUCCUAAUAAGGACAAGAGUACAUUCCUCCUGGUUUUAGAUGCCAAAACGUUCGAGGAGCUGGGCAGGGCUGCGGUGCCCGUCAACAUCCCCUACGGUUUCCACGGGACAUUCAAUGCCACGCCAGAGAUGUAGGAGAGGAGGAAAUACAUGAUGAGUGUACCUUUGACCUCACAUGGAUGGAUAGAAGUCCUAGCAUAAGUUAUAAACUAUUUAAACAUGAUUGAUGUUGACAUUUUGGUUGUCUCAACAUACACGUAAAUUUAGAGGUCACUACACAAAUAUGAAUGUAAUGUAUAGUUUACUUGUUAGAGAAAGAAGACAAAGAUUCCUACUCAUAUUUAAUCCUAUUGUAGCUGUAUUAUUGAAGUUGUGCUGUUGGAAAUCUUUUGGGAAAAAUAAGUCCUGUUUUAAUUAAGUAAGUUCUUCUUUCUAUACUUUAAAACAUUCUCUUGAAAAUGUUUGUAAAUAAAAAGGAACU